AUGGCUGUUGGAAACAAGUUGUUUAUAAGUGACAGUGAGUUAUUUUCGGAUCCUAGUCUCUAUAAAAGCACUAUCGGAGCUUUACAAUAUUUGACUUUAACUCGGUCAGACAUGAGCUUUACGGUAAAUAAGCUUAGUCAAUAUCUUCAAGCACCUUUUGAACUUCAGUGGCAGGCAUGUAAAAGAGUGCUAAGAUACAUCAAAGGCACUCAGUUUCAUGGGUUACAAUUCAGACCAACCGCUUAUAUAAGUAUAGAGUGUUAUGCCGAUGCUGAUUGGGAAAGUAACUUAGAUGACCAGAGAUCCACAAGUGGGUACUGUGUUUUCUUAGGUCCCAACCUGAUUCAAUGGAGUUCUCUGAAGCAAAAAGUGGUGGUGUUAUCCUCAACAGAAGCUGAGUAUAGACCACUUGCACACACAGCUAUUGAACUGGCUUGGCUGGACAGCCUGUUUUCUGAGUUAGGAGUUGUCUUGAGCUCUUCACUAGUAAUCUAG